CGGGGCUUCGUCCCGUAGCUUUCUUUGGAGAUGGCGGCGAUUCCAGUGCUCGGUGUUACCAGAAGAGGCCUCACGUGGAUGGUUGCAGGGGCGCCACGCAGAGAAAUGUGGUCUCGAUUCAGGGAAGAGAAAAAGCCCGUGGUGGCUGAGACAUUAGAAGUGAAGAAAGAACCUAUCCUGGUGUGUCCACCCUUACGAAGCCGAACAUAUAUGCCACCUAAAGAUCUCCAGAGUCGUUUCGAGUCUCAUGUCAAAGAAAUUUUUGGCUCAUCUGCUCCUAGCAAUUGGCAGGACACGUCCCUGGGAGAUGGUCAUCUGAAGUUCAGUUUUUUGUCACGUUUAGCUAAUGACUUGGGCCAUGCAGUGCCUAACUCCAGGCUUCACGAGAUGUGCAGGGUCAGAGAUGUUCUUGAUUUCUAUAAUGUGCCUGUUCAAGAUAGAUCUAAAUUUGAUGAACUUAUUGCCAGCAAUCUGCCUCCCAAUGUAAAAAUCACUUGGGGUUACUGAGCAGUUCAGAAGAGGAACACAUUGAAAUCAUUUUUUUCUCCUAAGCAAAGCCACCGCUUGUCAUACCUUUUGAUGCUUUGCCAUGUGAAAUACUAUCAGAACUGUUCUCUAAAAUCAUUUGUUUUGUGGAAGAAUGCAUUUUUUUUUCUCCUAUCAUCAUGAAUUGACAACAGAAUUUUCUUUUUUCACAUAUGCUCAAACUUUGUUUUAUUAACGGAAUCAGGUCAUUAAUAAUUUAAGAAAAUUUUAUUCUCCGGAGGACACUGUAAUUAACUUGGAUUUAAGAUAUAAGUCUACAUGUUGAGAUGUCUUUAUUAUUCAUAGGAAUAAAAUAAGAUGCAAGAAAAUGUUUUAAUCCUGUCAGUACUUCUAAAUCUAAGAUAGUAUUAUAUGUAGUAUGUAUAUAAAUAAGGAAACAGAUUAGAUAUUUAUAAAGGAAACAUAAAAGUCUAUGUGGUCUAUUAUAGAAACUUGUGUCUUUCACUUUUGCUUUUUUUCUAUUUCACAAGUAGAAAUAGAAAAUGAUACUGUUAAUUCUGGAUUAAUCUCUUGGAAUUGAAGUAGAUUUCUUGAAGUGUGUUGGGUGUUUUAAUUUUUUUAAAGAUGAAAUUUGUUUUUC